UUUUUUUCCCAGCAAGCCGUGCGACGCGCCGGGCCUCCAUCCUCUUUGUGCCAUCCGGGUCUCUCGCGCGAGCGAUUUAGUCUGUGGCGAAGCGUCGGAGCGGCCGGUACUGUUGAGAGCGGCAAGUGGAGGCGCCGCCCUAGCGGCUAGGACUGUGGACUAUGGCGGCUAGUGAUACAGAGCGAGACGGACUAGCCCCAGAAAAGACAUCCCCAGAUAGAGAUAAGAAAAAAGAGCAGUCAGAUGUAUCUAUUUCUCCUAGAGCCUCAAAACAUCAUUAUUCAAGAUCACGAUCAAGGUCAAGAGAAAGAAAACGAAAGUCAGAUAAUGAAGGAAGAAAACACAGGAGCCGGAGCAGAAGCAAAGAGCGUGCUAAUGCGCGAAGAGACUGAACUGAAGACGCUGCAGACUCAGAUAGCAAAAUAAUAAGCCUACUUCAUGAUAAGAACCAACUUCUUCUUAAAACAGGCAAGAAGACAUGAAUCCAAAGAUAAAUCAUCCAAGAAACACAAGUCUGAGGAACAUAAUGACAAAGAACAUUCUUCUGAUAAAGGAAGAGAGCGACUAAAUUCAUCUGAAAAUGGAGAGGACAGACAUAAACGCAAAGAAAGAAAGUCAUCAAGAGGCAGAAGUCACUCAAGAUCUAGGUCUCGUGAAAGGCGUCAUCGUAGUAGAAGCAGAGAGCGGAAGAAGUCGCGAUCCAGGAGUAGGGAGCGGAAGAAGUCGCGAUCCAGAAGCAGAGAGAGGAAGAAGUCACGAUCCAGAAGCAGGGAAAGAAAACGUCGGAUCCGAUCUCGUUCCCGCUCAAGAUCAAGACACAGGCAUAGGAGUAGAAGCAGAAGUAGAACAAGGAGUAGAAGUCGAGAUAGAAAGAAGAGAAUUGAAAAACCUAGAAGAUUUAGCAGAAGUUUAAGCCGAACUCCCAGUCCACCUCCCUUCAGAGGCAGAAACACAGCAAUGGAUGCACAAGAAGCUUUAGCUAGGAGGUUGGAAAGAGCAAAGAAAUUACAAGAACAGCGAGAAAAGGAAAUGGUUGAAAAACAAAAACAACAAGAAAUAGCUGCAGCUGCAGCCACUGGAGGUUCUGUGCUCAAUGUUGCUGCCUUGUUGGCAUCAGGAACGCAAGUAACUCCUCAGAUAGCUAUGGCAGCUCAAAUGGCUGCCCUGCAGGCUAAAGCUUUGGCAGAGACCGGAAUAGCUGUACCUAGCUAUUAUAACCCAGCAGCUGUGAAUCCAAUGAAAUUUGCUGAGCAAGAGAAAAAAAGGAAAAUGCUUUGGCAAGGCAAGAAAGAAGGGGACAAAUCCCAGUCUGCUGAAAUAUGGGAAAAAUUAAAUUUUGGAAACAAGGACCAAAAUGUCAAAUUCAGGAAAUUAAUGGGUAUUAAGAGUGAAGAUGAAGCUGGAUGUAGCUCAGUUGAUGAAGAAAGUUACAAGACUUUGAAGCAACAGGAAGAAGUAUUUAGAAAUUUAGAUGCUCAGUAUGAAAUGGCAAGAUCACAGACCCACACACAAAGAGGAAUGGGAUUGGGUUUCACAUCAUCAAUGCGAGGAAUGGAUGCAGUUUGAAAAAAAUCAGACUUUAAUGUUUGGGACUUUAUGGACUUCUGGUUCUGAUGUCAGGUCCUUGUUCACCAAACAGCUAGCAUUCUAGCUUGCAUGGGUGUUGCAUUGACUUUAAUUUAUUGAAAAAUACGAUUUUUUGUAAAUAUCAGAUCAGUGAUACUGGUGUUAGUGUUGUAAUCAGGUUAAACACACUUCCAUUAAACUUGACAGGACUAUAGAAGGACAAUAUUUUUUAGUUCAUGAAUUCUACUUUUCAAAUAUAUAAAAGCUGCAGGUGGGAUAAAAUCUCAUACAUGGAUAUUUCGUGUCCGCUGUCUUGUGUACUUUUGUACUUAACCUUGUACAGUUAUUUUCAUCUCUUGAAACAUGAAAGAAAUGUUAUGUAGAUGUUCUUUAGAAGAUCUGGCCAUUUGGUACAUAAUCCAGCACAAAUACGCUGGGUGGUGAUGACAAUAAAAAUGGUUUUCUCAACACUGGUGUUAAUUUAAGUUACCUGGAAUUCUUAUUUGAAUUUGUUUCAUAAUUUUUUGUAGCAUUUUGCAAUUGCUAUUAGAGAACACUAGGUAGAAAUUCCUUUUUUUUUUUAAGAACAGUUAACUGCUCUGGGUAAUACCAUGGUGAGCAAAACUGUAAAAGGGAGUUAGGAGUAAACAAACUUAUUAUAAUAAUACUGUUUUCCUACUACUGUAAGGAACAGACUUGGUGUACAAUAUUUGUUCAUUAUUCCAUAUGUUAUUCAGGAAAUAGAUUAAUACAUUAAAGGGAUGUAAGCACUUUUAUUUUAAUAAAGUGCCUUAUUACAAGUUCUUGGUAUGCCCUUUUCUCAUUAAAUCUUUUGAAGUCUUCAGUAGCACAAAGUACUAAAAUAUUAGAAAAU